GUUUAGUUAUUCGAAGAGAACGGUUCGUGUAACGGAUAGAUAGAGCAGCAAGUGUAGAUGAAAAAACGAAUAAAAAAGUUCUUGUGCAAAAAUUCUUUGUGUAAUACAAUUAUUUACACAAAUAUGCUUUAAAAAUUAUAAAAAAGCUAUAAAAAAAGAAAAUUACUACUAUAAAUAUAACAAAAAUAUAAAAUUACUUAAGAUAAGAAAUUAAAGAAUACACAAAAAUGGCUUGAAUGCAAAAGUUAAAAAUCAAAUUAAAAAAAGAAAAAAUUGAUAAUAAUGUAAGAAAUUGUGUGUGCAAGUAAAUGAGUGUAAUAGAAAGCAACAAAAAUACCAACACAGCAACUUUAAAUAGGUACAACAAAUUAAUAUAAAUAAAAUAUAAAUUCCUUUAAAUAUUUUUGUGUAGUAAUUUCUGCUGUAAAUUUUUUUAAAAGAUAAUCUAAAGUGUAAAUUAAAAACAGCAAAAAAUCAAAGCUCAAUGUUAUUUCUUUAAACACAAACACACACUCACAUAUUCUAGGCGUUUUGGAAAAAAAUUUGCAAUAAAGAAAAUAUUUAAAAAUGGUUUCUCUUAUCAAAAAUCAACUACUUAAACAUUUAUCCAUUUACACAAAAAAUCUAUCAUCAGAUAAAAUAAAUUUAAGUACCUUUCGUGGUGAAGGUGAAUUAUCUAAUUUACAAUUAGAUGAAGCUGUGCUCACCGAAUUAUUAGAGUUGCCUUCAUGGUUACGUUUAACAUCGGCAUGGUGUAAUCAUGUAUCAUUUCGUAUAAGUUGGACAAAAUUAAAAAGUGUUCCUAUAACGCUGACUCUAGAUGAGGUCAAUAUAACGGUGGAAACAUGUGAUCCUACUUCACGUAGUGCAGAUAACAAAUCACCAAAUGGUGUUGGUAGUGGGGGAGGAGGGAGUGCAGGCGGAGGUUCAUUACCGCAGGCACCUCAGGGCAAAUAUAGUUUUAUACAUAAAGUUGUUGAUGGCAUAACCAUCAUUGUUAAUACUGUUAAUGUAAAAUUUUUAAGUACCGCCUUUACAGCCUCGGUGCAGAUGUCUCGCAUACGAGUUGAGUCUAAGACUCCAAAAUGGGCCAAUGGUGAUUUACGUUUUACCCGUCUCAAAGACACUCAUCGUGGUAUUAUAUUGAUAUUCAAAGAAUUAUCAUGGCAAACGGUGCGCAUUGAGGCCAGCUCUACUCAGGAUAAAUCAUUAACACCCCUACGUUUACUAACCAAUCAUGCACGAUGUCGCAUAACCAUACGAAAACGUUUAUCGGAUUGUACAUUAUUAGCUUCACGUUUAGUUUUAAUUUUAGACGAUCUACUGUGGGUACUAACGGACUCUCAAUUGAAAGCAGCUUUACAUUUUGUCGAUUCGCUAUCGGGUCUUAUUAAAUCAGCUACGGCAGCAACACAAAAAUCAAAAGCUGCCAGAAAAUUAGAGACUCUACCCGAGUAUCAAGCCCAAUUGGCACAACAGCAAAAUCGCCAAAGUGAAUCGUCUCAUGCGAAUAAUCAGCUAAAAAUGUUUAAUGCUUUUGAUGUGAGAGAAACUUCGUAUCAUUUCUUUAGUCAACGUAUUGAUUUGCAUUUGUGUGAUGAUGAAGGAGAUGGUCGUUCUACUUAUCCAGAAUUGGAUAAAGGUGGUGCUUUACAAAUUUCAGUACAAGCUUUUCAAGUGGAUUACUAUCCCUAUCAUUUAGCCAAAUCCGAUAGAUCUCAUUGGGCCAAAUAUAAAGAAGCUUCAGUAUCACCUGCUCUCUGGCUCAAAGAAUCCCUUAAUGCAUUUCGUGAAGCUGUACUAAAUCUAAGUCAACCAAAUCGUCCUUCCUCUCAUGCUCCCCUCGAACGCAGUACACCCAAUUCGCCCGUAACUUUAAAUCCUUCAGCUUUAGCAACACAAUAUGCUACCAGUAAAACAACAAAUACUUCUUCGACUGGCAGUAGUACACCCACACAAAUGGCUAGUAAUGUUGGUUCGGGAGCAUCGUCUGGCGGUAGUCAUCAUAGUCAUCAUACACAACAGCAAAAAACGAUACUUGAUAAUUUAUCAAAAUUAAUGUCUUCUUGUGUUAUUUUACGUAUUGAGGAUUUUCAGUUGUAUCGUGUAACGACUUCGGGUAAAAAACAAAUGCCCAAAGAGUUUGUAUCAGCACAACAUAAAAGGAAAAUAAAACCAGGUGAUUUGCAUAUUUUAGUUCUUUUGUCUCUUACUACUGAAUCAGGUAAGACACUUUCAGCAUCACCACCACUUGAUUCCUUACCAGGUGUAGGAGAAGGCAUAACAAAAGUCAUUUCAAUUUGUGGUAUAACACAACCGAAUAUUAAAGAUUUUUUUUCCAAACGAUUGAUAUUCGUUUCGAUGGAAGCACUGCCCACCUUGGUGGUGGAGGCCAUUGAAUUUGAAUCACCACUGCUACCCUUACGACUACCAGCGUUACUUUGGCUACAGGCGGAGGCUGUAGUGCCCGAACCGGAAUGCAACCACAACGUAAUGGGUACAGCAUCCACGAAUGGUAUGGAUUUAUGGGCACCCAGAGAACGAGCACCCAGAAAAUCUAUCCAAACGGGAUCUAGUUUUAUACAUUGUAAGGAAGAUGAUUUGGGUAUUGAAGAACGUUGUCCACUACCAACACCACCAUUGCCAUUAUUUCCGGCUGCUUCGGCCGCCGUUCCCACAUCUGUAGCGGCCACAUGCGAUAAAAUACGAUCCGUAACUAUGCACAUGUCACCGGCAGCUGAAGGAAAUCCAGUACCAAAUACUAAAGAACCUUCCUGUAAGGAAUGUAAAGCUUGUGCCAAAUCUGCACGAGAUGAACCCAUUUCACGUAUAUUGGUUAAAGCAAAGCGUGAUAUUUGUUCAUUGUACAAGGAUAAUUUGGAUGAUCCCUUUAAUGUUGUCGACUGGGAACCAUGCGAUCCAAUUGUGGACGGCGAACCAACGGCAGCCGAAUUUGUCGGUGAUACCGCUGCAAUACUGACCACUGUUUUAGGUACAAAUAUGACAUGGCCAACACCACCAUUAGAUCAAAUAAAAAGCAAUACAUUUGGUAGUGUAGAAACACCAUCGCCAAUAACAAAUGAAGCGCCGCCCUACGAUAAUGGUAUACAUUUAUCAAAUCCAAAUACACAUGGAUAUAAUGUUCAAAUACAAAGUUCAUCAACGAUGGCAUCUUCUACAACUAGUCAAACCUCUUCAACAAAACCUGAUACUGGAGUAUUUACCCAAUCGGUAACGUCUUCAAUAUCAAAAAGUUAUAGAUCAACGAGAAACUCAACUAGUGAUGCUCCCAGUAUAACAAAGGAAAUCAAUUCCGGUCUGAUGUCCAUGAAAAAAGGUUUCUCCAGUUUUAUGACCUCCAUUGAUUCAGCCAUUACCUCAAGGGCUCCCAAUGAUGAUAUGAGUGAUACUUUCUCCAUACAAAGUGAUAUUAGUUCAGAUUCGGAAAAUUUUGCCAUUGUUAUGGGUGAUGAUAAGACAAUGGACUGUAUAGAUGUUAUGUUUCGUUUAAAUCCUUUUACCAAUGAUGGUACGAUAAAAGCAUCACCAGUAGAAGUGGCUAGUGAAGUUUAUGAAGAACCCAUUAAAACAAACCUUAGCUCACCAUCGGAACCCUCGGAGGCCAGUACGUGGCGGAGAAGAGAUUUAGUUUCAAUGGUUACUUUUAGAUUAACUACCGUUGAAGUGAUUAGGCAACAAGAGGGCAAUAAUUCCACAUUACGUGUUCAAGUGGCUGCCAUACAAUGCGAUGAAUGUGGUGCCAUACCAUGGGAUGAAUUACAGACCAAAUUUGGUGCUCGUUGCAAAGCCUGGAAUUUAGCGCCUUAUAAUCCUGAGGCUCCGCCUUGUAUACGUUUACGCUUAGAAGAGACCAUUAAACCGCCCAAGGAUGCUACACAUGUGGGUGAUAAGAAAGUCAUACAAAAUUGGGUCUCCCAUCAUGCUGACAUACGAGUGAGUGAUAUUAGUUUGGAUCUGUCGAUGAGUACGGUUAUUGGUUUAGCCGAUUUGGCGGAGGAUGAAGUGAUAUCGUCGAAUAUUUUACCCUUGAAUGUAACUGUUGAAAAUGUGCGAAUAAAUUUAAUUGAAGAUCGACCUCCUGUUAAUAUUACCUCACCGGGACCAGUGCCCAUUAAUUUGGCCAUCGGUCGCAUGCAUUUGAAACGUGAUAAAACUGGACUUUUACACAUACAACCUAUAGAAACUAACUUAAAUGGUGCUGGCAUUGCCAAUUAUCCUCUAACGGCGGCCAUGUUAAAAACACCCGCCAACAGUCAACGUGAAAGGGAACGUGAUCGUGAAUUAUUAUCAUUGCAAUUGAUAAUGCAACAAAUCAAAAUGGACAAUGAUAAUUUACGUAAACAAUUACAAAAUGCUAAAGAAAAUUCAGAAAGUUAUAGACAAAAAUCCAAACAAGAAACAGAUGUUUUACGUUCCUAUUUGAAAGCUGCUCAAGAUGAUAUUACCAUAUUAUUGGAAGAGAAAAAAGCUUUACUCGAUACCAUACGCUCUCUACAGUGUAAACUCAAUACACAUGACACAAAUGCAAGGAUUAAAGGUUCGAUGUUUAAUUGUUUAUAG